GAAAAAACCGAAGAAGUGAUGCAGUUAGAAAAUCACGGCUACCAGAAAUAAUAACUGACCAAUCACAGCUCCACAACGGUCACAGUUACGACUAGUCAUCAGUCCUCUCUACUACGAAAACUGAUAGAGUCCCCAACCCGGCAUUUUCCAAUGUUAUCUUUUCGACUCAAAUUUUCUUUUUAGAUUUUGAAUAAUUUGUUUUUCUCCCCCAUCUUCAUCGGCAAAACGAAAAUUGGUUGUCCCAAAUUUAUUGGAAGAACAUUCCUUUUCAUACUGGAAGACACCCUUAAUGUUCAUAUUGAAUAUUUGAGCAUUUGGAAUCGAUCCCAGAUUCAAUUGCUCAAAAAAAAAAAAAUGGUGCAGAGAAUCAAUUACAGAACUCUGCAAUGCAGGGUGAUUUUAUGUGGGAUUUCCAUUUUCCUUCUCUUCAGUUUCGUAGCCAAGAUGAAGGAUGGCGUUAGUAUCACCUCCAAAUCGCAGAACCACGCUUAUAUUAACGGCGUUGUCAGCGUUUUAGAUGCGAAAAAUGGUUUCCCCUGUGACGAAAUCGAAGCCCUUGAUUGCUACCACUCUGUGUUUGAGAAAUUGCUUCAACAGGGUUACCUUAGACCGGCCUCAAAAUCGUUAUGCAUCAACUGCGCUAAAGAUCAAGAACUUGUUGCGAUGAGAGAUUCCGGCAAUGGAGUUUCCGAUGUUGCGGUUGAGUAUUCCGGCAAGAAAAUUGCUCCCUUAUCAGCAUCAGGUUUGGGGUUUCUCAGUUCCUUUAGUAAUGAUACUUUCGACUUUGAAUUCUUCAGUUCCCGAAUUGAUGUUUCGGAUAUUUGGUCAGUUCAUCCCUCCGAAACUGCUUCUGAGGUUUGUAGGAUUCUUAAACAUGGAGGGUAUUUGAUUGUUCAUAUUUCAAUUAAAGAUGAGUAUAGCUUUCAAUCUUUUGUCAAUUUGUUUGAUUCUUGUGGGCUGUUAAGGUUUAGAGACAUUAAACACUUGAAUUCUUCUCAUUGGAUUCGUGAAGCCAUUUUCACCAAAAACACUCUGUAUCACUCUGUUUCAAGUUUUGAUCACAAAGGGAGAUGUCAAAAUGGUGAGAUGGUUCCAAAAUAUAAGUGGGAUUUGAUUGAUAGCCUUGAGCCAUUAGCAGAGAAAGAGCCUCAAGAAGAUUGGACCGAAGCCCAGAAAUAUCAAGAAGCAAUCAAGUCAUUCAAGUAUGUUCCUAACUUGGUCGAUUUAAGAUUCAAGAAAAGGUACAUUUAUGUUGAUUUGGGAGCUCGGACUUAUGCUUCAACUAUUGGUAAUUGGUUCCUCAAGUUGUAUCCAAAGCAAAGCAAUGAAUUCCACAUCUUCGCAAUUGAAGCAGACAAAGCUUUCCACAAAGAGUACAAGAACAGGAAAGGGGUGACUCUGUUGCCGUAUGCAGCAUGGAUUAAGAAUGGCACACUGGUGUUUGGGACCAGAAACAAGAAGAGGGAAUACACAGGCAGGAUUCAACAGCAGGAGUCGGUAAUAACCCGGGAUUACGCCAAAGAACAGAACAUCGUUCAGGCGUUUGAUUUCGCCGAUUGGUUGAUCAGAUCGUUCACGAGACAAGAUUAUGUGGUGCUGAAAAUGGAUGUGGAAGGGAGUGAAAUGGAAAUGGUUCCUAAAUUGGUAGAAACAGGUGCAAUUGGAUUGAUCGACGAGGUGUUUAUCGAAUGCCAUUAUGAUCGGUGGGUGAAAUGUUGCUCAGGUAGAAGGACUCAAAGGUAUAACACCACUUAUGAACAAUGCUACAAUUUGUUCUCUAAACUCAGGCAGCAUGGUACUGUUGUGCACCAAUGGUGGUGAUUCCAUCAAAGCUCACAUUAUUUUCCGUAGCAAAUUGAACUGUGUUGAUCAUCUUCUUUUUUCCAAUACAGCAUCAUACAGUAGAGUUUAGAAUAAAAUUACAGAGCUGUGUGAGGAAAGUAAAGCUAGAAUGAGAUAAAAGAUAUGAUAAAUGAGUUUGUAAUCUGGUAUUCUGGUCUAGUGUAUUGUGGUAAACAAUCUGUAUGAGGCAUGAUAGUCAUCUCAUUUUAACAAAUGAGCUUCUUUUUAGUCAAACGAGCUUCUUUUCUAUUGCCCUCCAAAAUCACACGCCUAUCAAAUGGAGGCUAUACUUCAAACCGUUAAUAAAAUCGACCAAGGAUACAAAGCGCUGACAAUAUGAUUUUGGAGCUUGAAGUUCUGCUGUAAAUUUUUUCUUGUCAGAGAACGUUUACGGGACCGUUUCAAGGACGUUACCAAGCUAAUAUUUUACACUCCAUACUAACAUUUUCAUGGAAGUAAUGUCAAUCAGGAUUUAAAGUUACAUUUUUUUUAUACCGAACUUGUUCUUUUUCCAUUUUUUUGAUGGAGUUUAUUUACCAUUAAUGUAUUUCUCCAAUUUUGAC